AGAGCGGCUAUGGCGGACCUGUAUGAGCCUGAUCUCGGUGCAGCGUAUUAUCGCUCUAAUGACCCCGUUAAAAAUCUCAAUAUCAGUGUCAAGUUGGAAAGAGUGACUUCGUCUAGCAUUGUACCUCAACAGGCAGAUGAAAAAGAAGAUCAAAAUGUGGAAAUGCAAAACAUGUCUGAUGAAGUUCAGAAAGAUGAAGAAGAGAAAGUUUUUCAUUGGCAGGAGAAAAUUUUCUGUUUGAGGGAAGUUGAUCUGUACAGUAAUGAAGCCAACUGUGAAGGGGUGAUGGAAAAGAAGUACCACAGAGAUGUCACUGAAAUUCUGGAUAAAGGAAAGCCUAACAACCGUCUGUUUUCAUAUGUAGACCAUGACAAGUUUAGUCAACAUGAUGAGACGAUUAAGUACUUAACUACUUCAGCCAAUGAAAAGCCAUCACUUCUGUCCGAGAAAAUGGCCAAUCUGCGGCGACGAAAAGUAGGCGGGGGCAAGAAAGAAGUAAACAGAAGAAACAACGCAUUCAGAGAUGUUGGUUUUGUACCCAAAAUAAACACCGUUGACUACGAUCCGUCAGAUGAGUUACGGAACAGGAACCACAUCAUGGCCGCCCCUAUGCAGGUUCAUUACAUCAUGGCCGACCUCAGUCGUAGGGAGGAGGGCAAUGGUACUAAAGAAGAAGAGGCAGUGUUGUGUACAGUACAAAUAGACGCUAACGGGGUGAUAUCCUUGCAACCUGACUUCAACAAAGGAAAGAAACCGUAUGUGGUGGAGAAUAACAUCAAGGGAGAUGUUUUUGAAUACACAAUAGAACACAGCUCAAAGACCAUGAACAGACAGGAACAAGACAAGGAACAGAAGAUGUACCGCGAGGUAUAUAGCCGACACGCAGACUUCCUACAAGCUUGUGUCGGCGAGGACUUUGAGCUUCCUCCAAUGGGCGUUCUAAGGUUACUGGUCUAUGGAGAAAUGGAAUGUGCCCGAGACUUCGAGUAUGAUGACCUGUAUCUACACUUCUUUGUUGAUCUACCAAAACAUUGGACGGCUGACCGAUCACAACAGUUGUCCUGGGUAACGCAGACGUGUAAGACGAAGGUCGAGCGACGGGACAACGUCGCGUACUUCAGUUUCCCAUUCAACUUUGAACUGUUCUAUAAAGACACAUCAAUCAGAGAGCAAGAUAAAGAGCCGCUCCCCCACUUCCCAAUCAUCAUGGUAGAGGUCUUGUCUCUGGACAUGUGGAACAGAUUCCGUACGGAAGGGUACACCUACAUAAACAUUCCCACACACCCAGGUACCUACAAAGAGAACGCUCGUUGUUGGCGACCCAUCGGGAGGUCAGCAGCAGCAGAACUACGCAGGUUUUUCAUCGGAGGCUCGCCCGAGCUCGAGGACAUCACUUACACAGCCGUCCCAUCAACAUUCCAGGGGUCACACUUGAGUAAAUAUGGGUUCCGGACAGAAUCCACGGGAACAGUCAAAGCCAAACUAAACGUAAUCCUACAGUCACAAGGUUUCAUGGAGAAGAAAGCCAACAAAAAGACAUUGGGAAACCUACUAGACAACUUAGGAAUAAAUGCGGUCCAAGCCAAUAUUGCCAGUGUUCUUGAGGCCUUUAAGAAAGCCCGGAUAAGGAUGAUGCAGGCACGAGAGAGCGCUACCAGAGACCUGUUCCAGGAAGCUACAAAAAGUCGAGAAUUAGCAGCAUAGAUCAAAAGUCUGACUGAAGCAGGUGUUCAUUAUAAAAGGUCAAGACUACAGUGUCAAGUGUCAACAGCUUUAUUAAUAACGUCACAAUGAGGUUAAAUUUUCAUUUUGUGAUCUUUCACAUUUUUUGAAACUGAAAUUUUGCUUUUUCGGUGAUUAAGAAUAUUCACCUUUGAGUAAUUAAAACAAAAAGACUGAAAAAAAAUGCAGAAAUAAUUUGAAAUUGAGAAAAGUUUAAUAUUAUGAUAAAAAAAAAUCUUUUAAUUUGAUUUUUUUUAAAAAGCUGAUGGCAAUUGUUUCACCUGGAUCCUGACAAUUUAAAGACAUUGUUUCUGAAACAAUUUAGAAAAAUCCCUAGCGACACUGUUUUGAUUUGGCAUUAUAAGAAAUGGAACAUUAAGGAGCCAACAAACACUGAACAGUAUCCCUUUUAUAAAAUAUUAGGGAGUUUCAUGAACGACCAGUUUUACUGAAUCCAUUUAGAAAUUUAAAAAUUUGUGUCAUCAAUUUGGACUUUAAUUGGAACUUGGUGGUAUGGUAAAUGUUGGAAAGUUUUGAAAGCCUUAAAGUGUUGUAAAAUUCUAAAGUAGGCAUUGAAUAGAUGUGACAAAAGUAUUUCAAGAAACGGUCAACAUUCAUUUUUCAUGUCAACUACCAGUGUCUAUGGAUUGUAACAUUUGUUUCCAGCUGAGCAUUUUAUACAGUUUCAUAGAAGAUUAACUGUAAAUUUUCCUGCUUAUAUUGUUAUUUGAGUGUAUUCUUGGCUUUUGAACUGUUGGGAGAAUAUGGCAGCUAUGAAGGUGAUCCCAAAAUGAAUGAUUGAAUCAAAUUGUAACACUUUGAAAACAUCGAUUCGAGUUUGAAGCAAAUAUUUUGAUUUAAAAAAAAUUCUAAAUUGUUAAAGUUAUGUGGGCGAAUCUGUCGUCGUACCACUAACCAUAUUAUCAUCACUUGUUUUUAUUACUGUGGUAACAAAUCGACUGUCAAAUACAGAUCGCCCAUCAUGUCAUGUGAUUAUAAUAAAAUUCUGUUACCACUAGCCCUCCACCACUGGGUUGUGGGUUCGAGGCUACGUGGGGCAGUCACCAGGUACUGACCGUAGGUCGGUGGUUUUUCUAUGGGAACUCCAGCUUUCCUCCACCAUCAAAACUUGGCCCGUCCUUAAAUGACCAUUGCUGUUAAUAGGACGUAAUGUGGUACAAAGUCAUUGGGGAAAAUGAUACUUUCACUUGAACUUUGAACUUGUGCCUUUUAAUUAUGUUUUUUUGGUUAAUAGAAUGGUUAAAAUGGCCAUUUAAACACAUUUUCUGUCUAUACAUUUAUUGCAAGGAAUCAAGAUUGUAAACCAGCAGCAUUGGUCAUGUGCCAUGAAACUCGUCAACAGAAUAAUGAGUUUUAGUGAUACAGAACUAAGUAAUAACAGUGAUGUACUGGAGAAAACGUGACUUCUGAGAAUUUAAGACAAAAAACAUGUCUUAUAAGUCUAGUUUAGUACACCAUAACAUGAUAUUGAACGUGUAAUUACUCCGUCCUUUUGUAUAUAUAUAUAUUUGUAGAUAUUUUGUAAUGUUUUGUAGAUACAAAUGCGCA